AAGCCGGAGGGCGAACAAGAGCAGCCAAAAAUCGAAGCGCCCUUAAAUGACGAAAACCACAUUGACGGCAAGAAGAUCGUCGCGCGUCACAUCCAGGGCACCGUAAAGUGGUUUAACGUUAAGAACGGCUAUGGGUUCAUAAACCGCGCCGACACAGGCGAUGACAUUUUCGUACAUCAGACGGCUGUCACGAAGAACAAUCCCAACAAGUAUUUGAGAUCUUUGGGAGAUGGCGAAAAGGUUGAAUUCGACGUAGUGGAAGGACAGAAGGGACCGGAAGCAGCGAAUGUUACAGGUCCGAAUGGUGGUAAUGUAGAAGGUUCGAAAUAUGCGGCGGACAAGACCGAUGUACGUGGUAGAGGACGACCUUAUCGCCGUCGCUUCUAUUACGGUGGAUAUCGCGGAGGCCGAGGUGGUGCAAGGCGCGCCAACUCGGAAGGUGAUGGAGCUGAUGGCGCUGAGGGAGGCGAAGCCGACGAGGUAGGCAUUUUUAAUGCCUUAUGA